AUGCCUGUGUUAUAUGCAGUAGGGCAGAGCAGAGCCAGAAUGCUGAGGAUUCUUCUCCUAUCCAGUCUCCUGCACCUUACAGUGAGCCAUGACACAGUCUUUCUGGAGCAGAAGCAAGCCUUCUCCUUGCUGAAACGCUCCCGACGUGCCAACAAGAAGUUCAUGGAAGAGGUUCUUCGAGGCAACCUAGAACGAGAAUGUAUGGAGGAAACCUGCAGCUAUGAGGAGGCUCGUGAAGCCCUUGAGUCCAAAGACUUAACAGAUGCAUUCUGGAUAAAAUAUACAGAUUGUUUGCCUCGGAGGAACGUCAGAGCAGUUUUGGAUGCAUGCAUGGAAGGUAACUGUGCGGUAGAUGAAGGGCAAAACUACAGGGGAACUAUUUAUGUCACCAGAUCAGGAACUGAAUGCCAGUUCUGGUCAAGCAAAUUUCCUCACAAACCUGACUUCAACAUAACAACAUCUCCACAUGCCAACCUGACAGACAACUACUGCCGGAACCCAAAUAAAAGCCCAACAGGGCCUUGGUGCUACACCCGAGACCCAACAGUGCGAUUGGAAGAGUGUGCUGUUCCUGUGUGUGGUGAGAACCGAACCACAGUUCCAUUUACUCCAAAAAUUCAACAAGAAGACAUAAAGCAGCAGCCCCAACCCUGUGAAGCUGAUCAUGGACUGGGGUAUACUGGGACCCUCUCUGUCACCCUCUCUGGGAAGCAGUGCUUGCCGUGGGCCUCUGAAAAAGCAAGGCAGUUAAGCCAUAGUGCCUCCUUCCUGCCAGAUGUACAUCUCCUGGAGAACUAUUGUCGCAACCCGGAUGAUGAUGACGAAGGCGUCUGGUGCUACAUAGACCAUCCGAAUACCACCUUUGAAUACUGUGACUUGCACUACUGUGAAAACUCUCCAGAGGACGUGGAGGCCGGACAGCUGCCCAACAGCGCGAUAGGAGGCCGGACAGCUGCCCAACAGCGCGAACUCUUCUUUGACACUAGGUCAUUUGGCCAAGGUGAAGCAGACUGUGGUCUCCGUCCCUUGUUUGAGAAGAGGAAGAUUGCUGACGAUUUUGAGCAGGAGCUCCUAGAAUCCAUGGGCGGACGAAUUGUAAAGGGACAAGAUGCUCAGUCAGGCAGUGCUCCUUGGCAAGUGAUGCUGUUCAGGAAAAGCCCUCAAGACUUGCUGUGUGGUGCCAGCCUCAUCAGUGAUCGCUGGAUCCUGACUGCUGCUCAUUGUAUCUUCUACCCACCCUGGGAUAAGAACUUCACGGCAGACGACCUUGUUGUCCGAAUUGGCAAACAUAACAGAAGAAUACAUGAGAAGACCAGGGAAAAAAUUGUCUUGCUGGACAAAAUCAUCAUCCAUCCCAAAUACAACUGGAAGGAGAAUCUAGAUCGGGAUAUUGCACUGUUGCGCUUGAGGAAGCCUGUUCCUUUCAGUGACUACAUCCAGCCAGUCUGCUUGCCCACCAAAGAAACUGUGCAAAGCCUGCUGUUGUCAGGGUACAAAGGACGUGUGACUGGCUGGGGAAACCUUUAUGAGACCUGGGGCUCUAGCGCUGCCUUACCCACAUAUUUGCAGUUGGUGAACCUCCCCAUUGUAGAUCGAGACACCUGUAAGGCAUCUACCAAAAUUAAAAUCACAGACAACAUGUUCUGUGCAGGGUACAGUCCUGAAGACUCUAAGAGAGGGGAUGCUUGUGAAGGUGACAGCGGAGGCCCAUUUGUCAUGAAGAACCCACAAGAUAACAGGUGGUAUCAGGUGGGUAUCGUCUCGUGGGGAGAAGGCUGUGAUCGGGACGGUAAAUAUGGAUUCUAUACCCAUGUAUUCCGUCUGAAGAAGUGGCUGAAAAAGACUGUAGAGAAGCAUGGAAAUUAAAAGGAAUUUUAUCUCAACCUACAGCCCAGAUUUGAAAAGUAUGUCUAAAAAGCAAACAUUACAGUACCAAAAAGCUAAGAGAAGCUUUAAAAG